AUGCACAUAUGUAAGUUGCCGCUAACAGCAAAAACAACGUUAACUUCAAAUUCUCAAGUUGUCAACAAUGGUGAAUGGUGUGGACAACAAGGUCAGGCCAACUGGGUCGAAUUUGAUUUCGAAACAUAUGUAGGGAUCAGAGAAGUAGUGAUUGGAAAAUCAGCAAAUUCUAUGCAAGGCUAUGUAACGGACUUCAAUAUCCACUACGUUGGACCACAGAGUCAGACUCUACAAAACUACGGGAGUGAUCCUAAUAACACGAAUAAAGCAGCGGUAAUCAAAACAGGACUAAAUGACCAAGUUGGCAGUUCAACAAUAUCAUUAACUGGUGUUGCUGUUUCAAAGUUUAGAAUCAACAUUGUAAAUUACAGCAAACAACCAUGUAUCAAAAUCAACCUACAUGGAUGUACUAAUUCUGAAGAGUUGUGUCCUCCAGGAUGCCAGAAUGGAGGUGCAUGUGUUUAUGAAGAGAUUUGUGCCUGUGCCAGAGGUUUUGAAGGACAGUUAUGUGAGAAAGCCAUUUCUCACAGUGGAGCAUGUAUGUCUCCACUUGGUAUGGCUAAUAGUGGAAUACCAGACAGUGCAUUAUCUGCGUCCUCCAGUAAACCAGGUCAUGGUAAAGAGAAAGCCAGGUAUGGUUGUUGUUCAGGACAAAAUGGCGGAGCCUGGUGUCCUGCUGUUGGGGAUACAAAUCCUUGGUAUGAAGUCAGUUUUGUUAAACCACAAACAGUUUCUGCUCUUGACUUUAUCUUCCCAUGGUAUCCACGAGGAACUAUUGCAACAGAAUAUAUGAAGUCUUUUGAAUUACAAUUCUGGUCAGCUCUUGAUCCUGUUAAGUCAUGGAGGACUUUUGCAAAGGAUGUUCCUUCUAUUUACAAUGACACUCUGUACUACUCAAUCAGUCUGCAGCCAUCAAUUGUAGUUAAUGCUAUACGUAUCUUACCAUUGGCAUACAAGAAGGAACCUUGCAUUAGAUUUGAAGUUUUAGGAUGUGAUCCAAAGGGACUUUGUUCAGCUGGUUAUUGUCAGAAUGGUGGAUUUUGCAUGGGAGAAAAUAUAUGUCUCUGCACACAUGGUUACUAUGGAGCUCGAUGUGAACAUACAGCCAACCAGUUACUGACAUUGAAUGCUGGAUUCCAGACAAUUGUACAUCAGGUCCUGCAGACAACAACCACUAUCAAGUUUACUGUCCAUGGAAACCCAGCACUGGUAACCACUGCAACUGGUCAAGCUAUUCACAUAACUAGUAGCAACCAAUACCUAAUCAUUGACAAAACUGGCUUCACUUCUUGUUUGAGUAAUUUGGAUAAAUGUACAAAUGGUUUUACAAUAACAACCAAUGUCCAUUUUAACUCUACGAUAACAGACAACACAUACAUAAUAUCCAGUGGUGGGAACUUGCCAAACACUAAGGGAAUAGCACUAUACUACCUAAGUGGAAAUAUUCACUUUGUUGUUAGUACAUCUGCUAAAAUAUGGCAUUUGGUUAUACCACACAAAAUAACUCUGAAUGUAUGGCAUCAUUUAGAACUCUCCUGGAAUCAAAAUCUCGGCUGUGAACUGGUAGACAAUGGUAAAUUGGUAGGAUCAGUAACUCAGCCAGUCCCUCACCAUGCCACACUUGUACAACAGAUAGCCAUUGGACAUGGGUAUACACAGUCAACAACUCAUAUCUCAAUGAAGGUGGAGGGAUUUAAAACUGUUGAUGCUAACAGAGCUAGUUUAGUUGUAGCAGGAAUAGUCACGCCUGCACCUAUGGUUUCCAUGACAACUGAAGAACCAGCCACUACAGCAACAACUGACCAAAUGACAACAGAGUUUUCAUGUGGAGCUAAGGAAGUAAAAUUUGACUUCAUGGCAAUUAAAGAUAAUGUUCUUGUAACACCUGAGUAUAACUUUACUGUGUACAAAAACCCGACAAUACGACCAGAAAAUAAUGGACAUGCUGUACUCAUUCUGAACACAACAGGUCAAUAUGUAGAACUACCCAACAAAGGUAUAGAAUGUAUACAAGACAUGACUAAGUGUGAGAGUGGAUUUACACUUAGUUUGGAAAUUAAAUGGCUGGAUAUGAAUUCUACCAAUAAAAGGUACAUUUUCUCCAGUGGGGCGGAUAAGGUCAACAACUCUGGCAUAGCUCUCUAUUUGUGGCACGGAGAACUCUAUUGUGCUGCAAAGAAGGAUAACAUAAUUUGGACAGCCAAAGAAAAGCUGAAUGUGAAAGAAGGAGAUUGGCACUCCUAUCAGGUAUCCUGGAACAAGAAAGAUGGGUUCGUGGUUUAUUUAGAUGGACAUAUCUUCAUGAAGCACACUCGUAAGUUCCCUAAUCCAGCACAACCUGGGACAUUUCCGCUACUUAUUGCUACAACUCCAGGUUAUAAUGAGACAUCAUUGAUGGAAGUAAGAAACCUGUACACCUGGACUGCUUCCAGGGAUGUUUUAAUUAACAACACCUGUAUAACAGAAUUUCCAACAGUGCCACCUACAACAACUGCAUACCAUUUCACCUUUAUAAAAAUUGGUCACAAUAUUAUGACUACAACUGCUUUCAAUUUAUCUGUACAUGGAAAUCCACAGUUGGAGCAUCACUCUUUCACUAGGAACCCAAUAUUGGUACUUAAUGGGAGCAAUCAGUAUGUAGAAUUCAGUAACAAUUCAAACAUUGGAUGUCUGAACAACCUGGCUGUCUGUCAGUCAGGAUUUACCAUUGAGGUCGAUGUUAGUCUGACCAAGGUCGAUCAGCAGCAGAAGACUGUGAUUAUCUCCAAUAGCAACCAAUAUCUGAACGAAACUGGAAUGGCACUAUACUUCUUCAAUGGACUAUUGUAUGGAUAUGUCAGUACUAGCCACCAAACAUGGAAAGUGGAGUACAAUUAUAAAGUAGAUUUGAAUAAGUAUCAUAACUACCAGAUAUCAUGGAGUGUGACUCAUGGAUUGACACUAUUUAUUGAUGGCCAUCAAGUGGCAUCUACCACAUAUGCCACUACCCACAAGUACACAUUAAUUCAGCAUUCCUUGACAAUAGGAAAAUUACAUUCAGUGUCUUACACAACAUCAAUGAAAUUGACAGGACUAACGAUCUGGCAGGCAUCUCAUCAAGUCCUCAUACAACAGGGAACACUUACUACAGCUGGUACUACUGAUUCUCCAACAACAUUAAGUUCUAAAGUACCAGCAAGUUCUACCACAAUAAAGAUACCACCAUCACCAAGUUUGACAUCAACAUCAACAACAACCUCUGGAACAACUCCUACAUCUCCCAUAGAAGUAACAAUACCAAGCACCAUAGCAACAACAAGUUCAGAAGUGAUAAAGAAACACCAUUUUGGUUUUAUAGCUAUCAGCCAUAACGUUUUAACAACAUCUUCCUAUAACUUAUCUGUUCAUGGAAGUCCACAUUUGGAGCAGAAUUCAGUUCUUGUCCUAAAUGGAAGCAAUCAGUUUGUAGAAUUCAGUAAUAAUUCAAACCUAGGCUGUCUGAACAACCUGGCUGUUUGUCAGACAGGAUUUACUAUCAAGGUCAAUGUCAGUCUGACCAAGGUCAAUCAGCAGCAGAAGACAGUGAUUAUCUCAAAUAGCAACCAAUACCUGAAUGGAACUGGUAUGGCACUGUACUUCCAUAAUGGACACCUGUAUGGAUACAUGAGUACUCACAACCAAACAUGGAAAGUGGAGUACAAAUAUAAAGUAGAUGUCACUAUGUGGCAUAAAUACCAAAUAUCAUGGAGCCUGGUUCAUGGUUUGACAAUAUUUAUUGAUGGCCACCAGGUGGUAACCACCACACAUGCCACUACCCACAAAUUUACCUUAAUUCAGCAUUCCUUGACUAUAGGAAAACUACAUUUAGUGUCUUACACAACAUCAAUGAAAUUGACAGGACUAACGAUCUGGCAGGCAUCUCACCAAGUCCUCAUACAACAUGGAAUACUUACUACAGCUGGUACUUCUGUUUCUCCAACAACAUUAAGUUCUAAACUACCAACAAGUUCUACCACAACUAAGAUAACAUCUACAUCAACAACCACUUCUGGAACAACUCCAACAUCUCCCAUAGAAGCAACAAUACCAAGUACCAUAGCAUCAACAAGUUCAGAAGUCAUCAAGACACACCAUUUCGGUUUUAUAGCUAUCAGCCAUAAUGUUUUAACAACAUCUUCCUAUAACUUAUCUGUUCAUGGAAGUCCACAUUUGGAGCAGAAUUCAGUUCUUGUCCUAAAUGGAAGCAAUCAGUUUGUAGAAUUCAGUAAUAAUUCAAACCAAGGCUGUCUGAACAACCUGGCUGUUUGUCAAACAGGAUUUACUAUCAAGGUCAAUGUCAGUCUGAUCAUGGUUAAUCAGGAGCAGAAGACCGUUAUCAUCUCCAAUAGCAACCAAUAUCUGAAUGGAACUGGUAUGGCACUGUACUUCUAUCAUGGACACCUGUAUGGAUACAUGAGUACUCACAACCAAACAUGGAAAGUGAAUUACAAAUAUAAAGCAGAUGUCACUAUAUGGCAUAAAUACCAAAUAUCAUGGAGUGUGGUUGAUGGUUUGACAAUAUUUAUUGAUGGCCACCAGGUGGUAACCACCACACAUGCCACUACCCACAAAUAUAUCUUAAUUCAACAUUCCUUGACAAUAGGAAAACUACAUUCAGUGUCUUACACAACAUCAAUGAAAUUGACAGGAUUAACAAUCUGGCAGGCAUCUCAUCAAGUCCUCAUACAACAUGGAAUACUUAGUACAGCUGGUUCUACUGUUUCUCCAACAACAUUAAGUUCUAAACUACCAACAAGUUCUACCACAAUAAAGAUACCACCAUCACCAAGUUUGACAUCAACAUCAACAACAACUUCUGGAACAACUCCUACAACUCCCAUAGAAGCAACAAUACCAAGUACCGUAUCAACAACUACUUCAGAAGUCAUCAAGACACACCAUUUCACUUUUAUUGCUAUCAGCCAUAACAUUUUAACAACAUCUUCCUAUAACUUAUCUGUACAUGGAGGUCCACAUUUGGAGCAUCAUUCAGUUCUUGUAUUAAAUGGAAGCAAUCAGUUUGUAGAAUUCAGUAAUAGUUCAAACCUAGGAUGUUUGAACAAUGUAGCUGUUUGUCAGACAGGAUUUACUAUCAAGGUCAAUGUUAGUCUUACAAAGGUCAUUCAGCAGCAGAAGACAGUGAUUAUCUCCAAUAGCAACCAAUACCUGAAUGGAACUGGUAUGGCACUGUACUUCCAUAAUGGACACCUGUAUGGAUACAUGAGUACUCACAACCAAACAUGGAAAGUGAAUUACAAAUAUAAAGUAGAUGUCACUAUGUGGCAUAAAUACCAAAUAUCAUGGAGUGUGACUCAUGGUUUGACAAUAUUUAUUGAUGGUCACCAGGUGGUAACUACCACACAUGCCACUACCCACCAAUAUACCUUAAUUCAACAUUCCUUAACAAUAGGAAAACUACAUUCAGUGUCUUACACAACAUCAAUGAAAUUGACAGGACUAACGAUCUGGCAGGCAUCUCACCAAGUCCUCAUACAACAGGGAAUACUUACUACAGUUAGUACUACUGAUUCUAAACCAACUAUUACUUCAACAACAACACUAAGUUCUACACAGACAUCAAGAUUAAAAGCAACACAGAUGACAACAUCACCACCAACAACCACUUCUGGAACAACUUCUACAACUCCCAUAAAAACAACAAUACCAAGUACGAUAGCAACAAUAAGUUCAGAAGUCAUUAAGACUCACCAUUUCAGUUUUAUAGCUAUCAGCCAUAAUAUUUUAAAAACAUCUUCAUAUACUUUAUCUGUCCAUGGCAGUCCACAUUUGGAGCAACAUUCAAUUCUUGUCCUCAAUGGAAGCAAUCAGUUUGUAGAAUUCAGUAAUAAUUCAAACAUUGGCUGUCUGAACAACCUGGUUGUCUGUCAAACAGGAUUUACUAUCAAGGUUAAUGUCAGUCUGACCAAGGUCAAUCAACAGCAAAAGACAGUGAUUAUCUCCAAUAGCAACCAAUACCUGAAUGGAACUGGUAUGGCACUGUACUUCUUUAAUGGACACCUAUAUGGGUACAUGAGUACUCGCAACCAAACAUGGAAAGUGGAGUACAAAUAUAAAGUAGACCUCACUUUGUGGCAUAAAUACCAGAUAUCAUGGAGUGUGGCUCAUGGUUUGACACUAUUUAUUGAUGGCCACCAGGUGGUAACUACCACACAUGCCACUACCCACAAGUACACAUUAAUUCAUCAUACCUUGACAAUAGGAAAACUACAUUCAGUGUCUUACACAACAUCAAUGAAAUUGACAGGAUUAACGAUCUGGCAGGCAUCUUAUCAAGUCCUCAUACAACAGGGAAUACUUACUACAGUUGAUACUACUGAUUCUACACCAACUACAACUCCUACAACAACACUAGGGUCUACACUGCCAAUAAGUUCUGUCACAAAGAAGAUCAUAACAUCAUCGUCAAGUAUAACAUCUACGCUAACAUCCUCUUCUUCUACAACUCCCAUCAAAAUGACAAUACCAAGUACCAUAGAAACAACAAGUUCAGAGGUCAUCAAGACACAUCAUUUUGGUUUUAUAUCUAUCAGCCAUAAUAUUUUAACAACAUCUUCCUUUAAUUUAUCUGUCCAUGGAAGUCCACAUUUGGAGCAUCAUUCUGUUCUUGUCCUGAAUGGAAGCAACCAAUUUGUAGAAUUUAGUAAUAAUUCAAACAUUGGAUGUCUGAACAACCUGGUUGUCUGUCAGACAGGAUUUACUAUCAAGGUCAAUGUCAGUCUGAUCAAGAUCAACCAACAGCAGAAGACAGUUAUUAUCUCCAAUAGCAACCAAUAUCUGAAUGGAACUGGUAUGGCACUGUACUUCUUUAAUGGACACCUAUAUGGGUACAUGAGUACUCACAACCAAACUUGGAAAGUGGAGUACAAAUAUAAAGUAGACCUCACUUUGUGGCAUAAAUACCAGAUAUCAUGGAGUGUGGCUCAUGGUUUGACACUAUUUAUUGAUGGCCACCAGGUGGUAACUACCACACAUGCCACAACCCACAAAUACACAUUUAUUCAUCAUACCUUGACAAUAGGAAAACUACAUUCAGUGUCUUACACAACAUCAAUGAAAUUGACAGGACUAACGAUCUGGCAGGCAUCUCAUCAAGUCCUCAUACAGCAUGGAAUUCAUACUACAGCCAUGCCAACAACUACUACAUUAGCACCAACUACAACCAAAAUGGACAUUCCUAAAUUUGAAUGGAACUUUGUGAAAAUACCACACAGUCAAACCAUCAUUGGGUCGAUGUUCAAUGCCACUGUACAUGGAUCUGUCAAUGUAAAUGCUUCCUUAGGAUUUAACUUCAAUAAUACAAACCAGUACAUUGAUCUUGGAGUACAUAGUGAUUUAUGUUUUGGAAACCUGAGUCUCUGUUCGUGUGGACUGACAAUCAAGAUCACGAUUAUGUUUACCAAACUAGAAGAAAAUACUGUUAUUAUAUCUAGUGGGGCUGAGCAAGCUACUGGAACAGGAUUAGCCAUGGUUUAUCGUUAUGGACAAAUCCAUUGUAUGGUAUCCACGGCAACAGAUUCAUGGUUUACUGAAUUCAGCCGUGAAAGGUUUAUUUAUCACCAGGUUCACCAAGUGAUUAUAACAUGGUCCCCUGCUCAUGGGUUAAAGGUCAUUAUUAACAAUUAUGUGAUCAGCUCUGUGACCAAAUCCAUUAAACAUCGAGCUAUAAAAUCUUUCACAGAGCACAUGUAUAUUGGAAAUACACCAACCGUCAAGUCAUUAACUUCCUGCAAUUAUUUCAUGUCUUCAGUUACUAUUUGGCAUUGUUGGAUAGAUAAUAUAGUUGGAGAAGGGGAGCUAACUACACCUAUACCAGAAACCACAAAGGUACCAGUGACAACUCCAGUGAAGACAGUGCCCCCUACUUCACCUGCUCCAGCUCUCACUACACAGUUCUGUCAAACAGGAUAUGUUUGUAAAGAUGAUUUGACAACCCAUCCAACAUGGAAACCAACCAGUCCAAGCAAAAAACCCACUACACUGAAACAGACUCAACCAACCAAUUCACCCACAAAGAAACCAACUAGACCAACUAAACCAACUAAACCCACCACACCAAAACCAACUGCAGGACCAACCACUCCUAAAGCAACUAAAAAACCCACCACACCAAAACCAACCACACCAAAACCAACCACUCCAAAACCAACUAAACCAACUACAAGACCAACCACUCCUAAACCUACAACACCAAGACCAUCCAGACCAAGUUAUGUCACCAUUCCACAUUUGAGACCAGGGGUCAGCAAUACAGGAGUAGCCUAUUUUAGUUGUCAGUUUGAAAAGUCUAAACAGCCAAACGUUGAGUUUGUAGUUUGUCUCCAGAUUAAUGGGAAAUGUCCGAAACCGGUGCUAGUAGAUGGAUCAUACCAGGAAGUAAAAUUCACCAUUGUAGAAAUCAACCAGAACUUGUUUAGGAAACAGAUAACCUGCACAGUACAGGCCAAAUGGAAAGGUCAUAGUCUACUCACUCCAAUCAAGACUAGUAAUAGCAUAACUCCAGAUAUAAAGAUAGUUACAGGUAAUUUAGUGCUAACAGAGGGAAACAAAACAGAGCAUCUUGUUGUUAAUGUCACAGCUCCACCUCAAAUGUUCUGUUGUCAAGGGUGCCAAGGAAACUGUAAGGUUACCAUAACAACCUAUGCUAACCAUGAGAGAUUUUACCAAAGAUGUACUUCCAAUAAGUACAUCCCAGAGGUAGUCAUUGGAUGGGCGGGGACUUCACAGUCACCAAAUAAGAACCAGUGUGGUACCUCAGUUUCCCAGACAACACAUAUAUCCUCAUGGCAACAGAUCAUAAAAAUUCCAGUAAAAGCAACUGUGGAUGGGCGUAUUGACAGGAACACACACAAUCAUUUUACUGUACAGGGCCAUGUUGUUAACCAGCUUAAGCCAUCGAUCACCAUUAAACCACAUACACUCAAUGUUGGACAAGUACAGAUAACCGCAAAUAAUGGUGACCACCAUGCUCAAUGUAAAUCUCUCAAUGACCCACACAUGACAACAUUUGAUGGAAGACGUUAUGACAACCAUAAUGGUGGUGAAUUUACCCUGUACAAGCAUACCUCUUUGCCUUAUGAGGUUAGAGCUUUUUACACAAAAUGUUCAAGCAGAGGUCGAGCCUACUGUAACUGUGGAGCAGCCAUUAAAUCAGGUGAUGAUGUCAUCACCUUCCAAACCUGUCAGAGAAGUGGAAAUAAUGGACAAGGACAUGGUCAUGGAGGUAUCUUGGGAUUUUUAUUCAAUGGACUAACAGGUCACGGACACGGACACGGACACGGCCAUGAUCAUCACCAUCACAGUACACCUGCUAGGAUAUCUGUCGAGCUGUAUAAAAAUGGUGAACUGACACCUGGUACUGAGAUCCGACGUAUAGGGUGUGGCCAGAAAUAUCAGGUGAUUUUACCAACCGGAACUGUUGUAACCAUUCAGUCCAGCGGAACUCAAUUCAUUAAUAUUUGGAUAAAUCCAUCAAGUGUUGAUAGAGGUCAAACUGAAGGAUUGUGUGGAUCUUAUGAUGGAAACAGGUACAACGAUGUUUACUUUCCUCUCCAUAAUAAUCGACCAGACAAUAGUAAAAAUCCAACACCAUUCUGUAUGAAAUGGAAAGAACCCAAGACUAUAUUUUAUGGCGUCUCUGCAGAGAAGUAUAACUACAUAAAUACUUUCUGUAGCUGUAUACAAAACAAGGAAGUGUUCUGUAACCGUGGACAUGGUAUCAUGACAUGUGCUAAAUCAAGAUAUGACAUAACUUCAACAAUUCUAAGACAAGCUAAGAUACCAAAUAUUGGUCACAGACACAGAAGAGAUGUUGCUGAGGAUGAAACAGUACUUACUACUACUGUUAUGCCUGUUCAGACAAAUAUCACAACCAUCAAUUAUACCUCUGCUGAAGCCUAUAAUAGAUGCAAAGAACUGGUAGAACAAAACAAAGCAGUACAAUCGUGUUGGAGUACUGUAAACAACACUCUCUUCAAUACCAGUAUGGAAAACUGUGCCGCUGAUUUAGUGGACUCUGGAGAUGAAGUUUGGGCCAAUGGUUAUAUCACUGAUGUUGUAGAGGAAUGUCUAAAUACCCUGGCUAACCAGCAAGAAAUUGUUAAUGGCACUGUUAAGCAACCGAAUGACACUGAAGCUGUUGAUACAACUGAACUUUGUCAACAAGACUGUGGACAACAUGGAGAAUGUAUUGAAGGUGUAUGUAGAUGUGCAGCAGGAUACUCUGGUCUUAGCUGUGAUGUAUCAGCAGAAGACACUGUUCCCACCAUGAUUAUACAGCCUGCUGGGACAGGAAGUUGUGGAUGUGACAGAAGGACCACAGAUGAUUGUAAUACUGUCACAGUUUAUGGAGACAAUUUUGUGGAGUCAACUACCCUUACAUGCCAUUAUGAAUUUACACAGGGACCAGCUUUUGGUAAACCAGCUUCCCUUGGUAGAUCUGCUACAGCUCAAUAUGUCAGUAUUAACCAGGUCACAUGUACUUUACCAGAGGUCAAUGAUGGGGUGUACAUAUCCAUCAGUAACAAUGGACAGGGAUACAGUAGUGACUGGUAUCUGCACACUGUGUAUGAUUCUGUGUGCUUUGACUGUGUAUCAUCAGGACAAACAUCACCAGCAAUACAAUAUAAUAGAAAGAACUUUACUUGUAUAAUAAAUGGGCAAUGUUUUGCUGCUAAUGACAAGAAACCAGAUGACGAGUGUAAAUCAUGUGAUUCAUCUAAUAGUGACAACAAAUGGACAGACAGCUCAGACAAAUCCUGUAAAUGUAGCAGUGAAACUGAAGUAUCUAAAGUAGGAGCUGAGGAAGAUAGUGUAUAUAAUAAACAGACUGUGACUAUCUUGGCUGUUGUUAUAGGAAUCCUGUGCUUUAUAACAAUGGUAUCACUAUUCUACAACUGUAAACUCAGGUCCAAAAGGUCACUAUACCGUAAAGAGGAAUAUGCCACUGAUGAUGCUUUCAACCUUCCACAGAAAAAGAAUUAUGAAAAUCCUGGAUAUUCUUACGAUCAAUCAGACAAUGUUAAAAUGUAACAUCAAACUAAGGUUUAUCCAGAGAUUUGGUUCAUUAUCAUGUAAAAAGAUUAAAGUAUAUAUUUGAUAUAAUGUGAUUUAAUGUAUUUUUGUAAAAACUUAAUUAUUCUUUGCAACUCAAUUUUCUAUGAUUUAAUAAUGUGCCAAAUAAAAAAACUUAUGGUCUUUUGACCUAAUUAAAAAUUUUGUAUUUUUAUACUUUGUAAUAGAGACAUUUUUGAACAAUACUAAAAAAAAAUUUUUUCAAGUACAACAUAUUCAAUAUUAUUUUGUCUCUUAUAUUCCUCUUAACAAGCAACCAUAUCAUAGAGCUAAAAUCUUUUUACUAUUAUAUCUGUUUCUGAUUUUAUGUGUCAUUUAAAAAGAAGAAUACCUCAUGUAUGUGUGUCUUGAUUCCACUAUUGUCAAAUGAACCUUGUAAAGAUGUCUCCUUAAUAAAUUUUAUAUGUGCAAUAUAUCAUGUUUGUUUUGAAAUAGAAUUUAGUCUUAAAAUUUUUAGUAAAGAAUAAAUAUAAAUUGAAAAUGCAAACUUUAUGUGAUAAAAAUAGUGAAAACUUAGGACAAAUAAGUUUGUUUCUGAUCAACUGUCAACAGUAUUUGAUCAGAAAAGUAUAUUCAUGAUUUUAUAUUAUAUAGUUGUACAACCUUUUAAAAAAGCACAUGUCAGAUGUUAUUAGUGAAAAUGAAAUAAAGUUAAAUAAAAAUAACUUGGGACUGGACUAUGUGUCUUAUACCCUUAUGUACACAGUUAAAAAAUAUAUCUGAUGUC